AUGGCCGCCGUGGAAAGUCUCCGGCCGGUAGUUCACGGCCGGAUUUCCUUAAAUUGGCACUAUAAUCCUAAGUACUUCUACAGACAAAGCGUACUCUCCUACAAUCGGCAAGUGUUUUGGUGCGGAAAUUCGAUUCGUUUCGUGGUUAAUACUACGUCGUUUCGUGCUCAGCUCAGGAUUUGUAAGAACUUUCACGGGUCGGAUCUUCCCGGACCCGUUCCGAGACGUCUGAGAUUUAGCGGUGUUAGAGUUGAAGCGAAAAGUUCCUGUGAACAGGACACUGAUUCAACAGAAACGAAUGAAGCUACAACGACGACGACGGAGAGCAAAACGGCGCCGGGUUCGGGUCCCGGGUCGGGUUCCGGCCCGUCUAGGAAAGAGAAGCAAGGGAAAGAGAGCUGGCUGUGGUCGAAGCGCGGGAAAUGGCGGUUGGAACCGAUUGUUCAGGCGCGAGAGAUGGGGGUUUUGUUGUUGCAAUUGGGAAUCGUGAUGUUCGUAAUGAGGCUGCUCCGGCCCGGGCUUCCGUUACCCGGGACGGAGCCGAGGGCUCCGGCGACGUUUGUGAGCGUCCCGUACAGUGAGUUCCUGAGCAAGAUUAACAGCAACCAGGUACAGAAGGUUGAGGUCGAUGGCGUCCAUGUCAUGUUCAAGCUGAAGACUGAAGCGAUGAGUGGCUCAGUGGAGAGUGACGUCAGCAGUAGGCUGCAGGAUUCUGAGUUCGCGCUAAGGAGUGUUAAUCCUACCAGGAGGAUUGUCUACACUACGACGAGGCCGAGCGAUAUCAAGACUCCGUAUGAGAAGAUGCUGGAGAACAGUGUGGAGUUUGGGUCACCGGAUAAGCGCUCUGGCAGCUUGUUGAACUUUGCAUUGAUAGCUCUGUUCCAUAUUGCUGUCCUAGCAGGUCUUCUACAUCGGUUCCCAUUGAGCUUUUCUCCGCAUUCUGCAGCUGGUCGGCUCAGGGACCGCAAGCCUGGAAGUUCUAAUGGAGCAAAAGUCUCUGAACAAGGUGAAACUGUGACGUUUUCAGAUGUUGCGGGUGUUGAUGAGGCCAAGGAGGAGCUAGAAGAAAUAGUGGAAUUCCUUAGGAAUCCAGACAAGUAUACCCGACUUGGUGCACGCCCUCCACGUGGUGUUCUCCUUGUGGGCCAACCUGGGACAGGUAAGACACUGUUGGCAAAAGCAGUUGCAGGGGAAGCUGAGGUUCCCUUCAUUAGUUGUUCUGCAAGUGAAUUUGUAGAACUGUAUGUUGGCAUGGGAGCAUCCCGUGUUAGGGACCUUUUUGCUCGGGCAAAGAAAGAGGCACCUUCAAUUAUUUUUAUAGAUGAGAUUGAUGCUGUGGCAAAGAGCCGUGAUGGUAGAUUCCGUGUGGCAAGCAAUGAUGAAAGAGAGCAGACACUGAACCAGCUGCUUACAGAAAUGGAUGGAUUUGAUAGUAACUCUGCUGUAAUAGUUCUUGGAGCUACCAACCGCUCUGACGUAUUAGACCCUGCUCUCCGCCGACCUGGAAGAUUUGAUCGUGUGGUUAUGGUUGAAGCACCAGAUCGGACUGGAAGAGAAUCUAUUCUGAAAGUACAUGCGUCCAAGAAGGAACUUCCUCUUGCACAAGACGUUGAUCUUGGUGACAUUGCAUCUAUGACAACUGGUUUCACUGGGGCAGACCUUGCAAAUUUGGUCAACGAAGCCGCUUUGUUGGCAGGAAGGCAGACUAAGCUUCUUGUUGAAAAAAUUGAUUUCAUUCAAGCAGUAGAGCGAUCAAUUGCGGGAAUAGAAAAGAAGAAUGCGAAAUUGCAGGGCAAUGAGAAAGCUGUAGUUGCACGUCAUGAAGUUGGUCAUGCAGUAGUAGGGACUGCCGUUGCAAAUCUUCUUCCUGGGCAAGCACGGGUCAAGAAGCUAAGCAUUUUACCUAGAUCUGGAGGAGCCUUAGGAUUUACAUAUAUUCCUCCAACCAACGAGGAUAGGUAUUUGCUGUUUGUGGAUGAAUUACGUGGGCGCUUGGUUACUCUUCUUGGUGGACGUGCAGCAGAAGAAGUUAUGUACUCCGGACGUGUUUCCACUGGUGCACUUGAUGAUAUACGGCGUGCAACAGACAUGGCCUACAAGGCAGUCGCUGAAUAUGGUCUUAAUGAGACCAUAGGUCCUGUUUCAUUGGCAACUCUUUCUAGUGGUGGGAUGGAUGAUGCAGGUUCCAUGCCCUGGGGAAGGGACCAGGGGCAUCUUGUUGAUCUUGUUCAAAGAGAGGUCACAUCAUUGCUACAAUCGGCACUUGUUGUAGCACUCGCUGUUGUGCGUGCCAAUCCCACUGUACUGGAGGGGCUUGGUGCACGGUUGGAAGAGAAAGAGAAGGUUGAAGGCGAGGAACUGCAAGAAUGGUUAAAGUUGGUUGUUGCUCCAGCAGAACUGACAUAUUUCAUCAGAGGCAAGCAAGGUUCUAUCCUUCCGCUGCAACCGACUUCUGGAUGACAGUUUAUACUUGCUUUUGCCAAAUGACACUUGGAAGUUCCACUCUGGCACACCGUCUUAGUUUUUAAGCAGAUAAAAAAACCUAAUAUGCUGCAAGACAGGCAGUGCUUUGUGGCAGCACUUCCACGCUGUAUAGCUUUCCGGGUAAUUGUUUUUCUCCUAACAUCAAUCUCUGAGCUUUUUUGUAAACCAUGGUCAUCAUCUGAAUAGUUCAAGACAACGGUUGAAGGGUCUAACGGGAAGGCAAGAGAUUGAUUUUCUCAGGUACUUUACUAAGAUGAUUUCUUUUUCUUGUACAUGUAGUAUUCGCUGAUUAUACGUGUAAAAUAUAUCACCAACAUUUGGCACAACAUUUCGGUUUAUAUAUAUAGUUCAAAUAUAAGUUGCAUUAUGUGAA